CCUCCAUUUACGGCAUAAACACAUGGACGUCUGAGCGCCGACAACAUGAGAGGUCAAAAGUUAUGGUCCUAAUCUUUUCCAGAAACGGAGCGUAACACAGAGACAUGGCCAGCUCCAUGGUGGCAGUGGGACUGGCUCUGGCAGCAGCUGGAUUUGCAGGUCGUUAUGCCAUGCAGGCCAUGAAGCAAAUGGAGCCUCAAGUGAAACAGGCCCUUCAGAGCUUCCCCAAGACGGCUUUUGGAGGAGGCUACUAUAGGGGUGGAUUUGAACCAAAGAUGACAAAGAGAGAGGCUGCCCUGGUUUUAGGUGUCAGUCCCACAGCCAACAAAAAUAAGAUCAGAGAAGCCCACAGAAAACUGAUGAUCCUGAACCAUCCAGAUAGAGGUGGGUCUCCUUACAUAGCAGCAAAAAUCAAUGAAGCAAAGGACCUGAUGGACGGCCAGACCAAGAAAUAGAGGUGAAGAUGCCGACUUCACUCAGCUCUAAUUCCUGCUGUUGCACUGACUGAUUUGAGGGGGCACGUGAUGUUUUCUAAUUAUUCUCAAAUAAAAUCACACUGUAAAAACUGUCAA